AACCUAUGGUGGCUCAUGAAUCUUACUUUUUUUAAUUGCUUGUCUGGAUUUCUAUCAGAAUAUCUGACAGAAAAGCUCUUACCUUAGACCAAACAGGUACUUUGUUUGGCAGAAACUAUUUGCCCACACUCCUGACAGCAUUCAGUACUAAGACUGGGACUACCACCAUUUACACUGGAUCCCCGCAAAGCAACAACCAAGCAGGACCUGCACUCCAGGGAUCCUGGAGCUGGUCUGACCUUGGACCGCUUGUCACCUGAACCCCUUCUUGCACCAGCAGAGGUGCCAAGCAUGUCUCAAACCGGGGGGCGUUUCCACAACAAGAAGGCAGGCAUUCGGGCCGCUGUGAUCCUGAUUGGACUCCUGCACAAGUCCCGAAAAGCCAAGGAAAGGGAAAGAGAAAGAGAAAAAGAAGAGAGUGAAGGGAAGCAGGAGCUGCUUAACAUCACCAAUGUCCCUCUGGGAGAGUGUCCCCCCUCCCCGCCCCGCACAGCACCGCCCAGCAUGAAGUCUGCAGAGUUCUUUGAUAUGCUGGAGAGGAUGCAGGUUCCUAAGGCGGAAGAGACCAAAAAAUGGAAGGAUGACUAUAUUCCCUACCCAAGAAUAGAAGAUGUUUUGGAGAAAGGUGGUCCAUACCCCCAGGUGAUCCUGCCUCAGUUUGGGGGUUACUGGAUAGAGGAUGUGGACGCACCAGCAGGGAGCCCCUCCUCCUCAGAGUCCAGUUUCUGUGGAGAGGAGGAUGAAGGAGAAGGCAUGAGUCCUGGUGAGGGACGUAGCUACCGCCUGGAGUGUAACGGGACAGCUCGGGCAUACCGCAAACAUUUUCUUGGCAAGGAACACAUGAACUUUUACUGCACUGGCAGCAGCAUAGGCAACCUCAUCAUGUCCUUGAAACACGAGGAGGCUGAGGGACAGGAGUUCCUACGCAUCAUGCUCAGGUCAAGGAUCAAAACAGUCCAUGACAGGAUCUCUUUGGCAGGCAUCAGCCAGUUGCCCAGUGUCCCCCAGAUUGCCAAGCUUCUUUGUGAUGAUGCCACAGGGCUGAAGUUCCACCCAGUACUGUACCCAAGAGGAUCCCAGCUGAUAGUAGUUUAUGAUGAACACGAGGUCAACAACACCUUCAAGUUCGGAGUCAUCUACCAGAAAUUUGGACAGACAUCAGAGGAAGAGUUGUUUGGGAACAAUGAGGAGACGCCAGCCUUUAAGGAGUUUCUCAGCUCUCUGGGUGACAACAUUGAUCUGCAGGACUUUAAAGGGUUUCGAGGUGGACUGGAUGUUUCUCACGGACAGACAGGCUCUGAAUCUGUCUACACUGUCUUCAGACGGAGAGAGAUUAUGUUCCAUGUGUCAACCAAGCUACCUUUCACUGAGGGAGAUGUCCAGCAGCUCCAGAGAAAAAGGCACAUAGGGAACGACAUCGUGGCAGCAGUCUUUCAGGAAGAGCCCACACCAUUCGUUCCAGACAUGAUUGCCUCCAAUUUUCUUCAUGCUUAUGUGCUGGUACAGGUUGAGAACCCCUGCACAGAAAACACAACAUACAAGGUGUCUGCUGCAGCAAGAGAGGAUGUACCUCCUUUUGGACCCCCACUACCCAACCCAGCUGUCUUUAGGAAGGGUCCUGAAUUUAGAAACUUCCUCCUGACCAAGCUGAUCAAUGCUGAAAACGCUUGCUACAAAUCCGAUAAAUUUGCCAAACUGGAGGGGCGAACACGAGCUGCGCUGCUGGACAACCUACACGAUGAACUCCACAGACAGAGCCAGUCGGCCCUGGGUCUGGGCCAGGCGGGAGAGGAGGAAAAGUUGGAGAAUGGGGGCCAUGGAGGUCUGCUGGAGUCCUUCAAGAGAGCCAUGCGUGUCAGGAGCCACUCCAUGGAAACCAUGGUUGGGUCCCACCGUCACCGCAGCCCAGGGGUAGGGGUCGGGGUCCCAGCCAGCGUGAGUGGAGGAGGGCUGCCGCAGAGCAGCAUUGAAUGCACAAAGAGCACCUUCACUCCUCCUGUUUUGUCAGCCAAGUCUCCUCUGAAGAGUCCAGUGAAACGGCGCUCAGGCCUCUUCCCUCGUCUCCACUCCAGCACAGACAGCCCGUCAGACAAACACACACGAAGUGACCAAAAGACUUCAGAUGUCUUCCUGCCAACUCAAGAAGUGAGGUCAGAGACAUCAUCCAAUCCCAGUUCACCUGAGAUCUGCCCCAACAAAGAGAGGCCAUUUGUUAAACUGAAAGAGUCCAGUGGUGGCAGGCCAAACAUCUCUCGUUCUUCAUCCAGCACCAGCAGCUUCAGCAGCGCCACAGGAGAAACAGAAACUCUAGAAGAGCCCGAGUCAGCCAGCCAUCAGUCCAUAGGGUCCUCAUCUGCCUUUAGUCCUGCCCUCAGUGUUGACUGCCAGGGACCAGGUACCCCUGUAAUUAUGUGUCCUAGUCCAACAGAUGGGAGAAGUAAGACUUCACCAAGGUCAAACUUGAAGUUCAGAUUCGACAAAAUGAGCCACUCAUCCACAGCUUCCGAGUAGUUUUGUGGAUUUGGAAAAAAAGAGACUUACGCCUCAAAGUGGCUGCACAGGCUGAUUGAUGGAGCUGCAAAUACAAUACCAUACCAACCACGCCAACCAGACUGCUUCCUCAAGCCAAGGAUAAUAUGAAAAGAUUACCAAGUGUAAGAGUUCCUACCCUAUGUAGACUAACUGACAAUACUGUGAGUGUAUAGUGAGAAAAAGCAGCUGAAAUGUGGCUUUAUUUUGAACCUUCCUUUGGCUACAAAAGGUAGCCCAGACUUCGUCUCAUUACAUGUAGCUGCAUCUCAGUCAUUCUGUUCACUGUACAAAGUCCUAGCAUGGUACUGUAGUAUGGGCCAAGCUAGACUCUGCCUAAGCUCUUUCUCAAGUUUAUAACAGAAAGACGUAAUGGUCUCAAAGAAUGCUAACAUGAGACUAUGGCUGAACUGUUAGGUGACUGCUGAAUGUUCUGAGGAAAAUACAUCUUUAAGAAUAGUUAGACAUCAGGAUAAUCCCUUUUGCCUUUAAAACUUGAAUGAUACAUUUGGCCACAGUUUCUCUUUAGGGGAAAGAAGUGUGCAGGUGACAAAUGCCCAGAUAUGUGACAUACAGUAGCAACAUUUUGAAGACACCACUGGGAGUCUUAGUUGACUCUGUCAGGAUCUGAGUUUGUUCUUUGCAUAUAAAAUGCCCAUUGAGGGAACCUCUUUUAUUUUGGAGAUAUUUUUGUAAACUUUGCUAGCUGCUGCGUUGUGUCUGCUGCACUUUAAUCCAAACAUUGCUGCAAUUCACUUGAUACAAUAACAUGAUCUCUGUGUAUUUAAGGGUUACUUCAUAUUACUGAACUCAAGUGCUUGGGCAGUGGAAAUGUCUUUAUUUAGGGAGGAGUUGGGUACACUGCCAACUCCAUUUGCCAUAAGCUUAAUUUAGCCAAAGCUGCGCCUUACAAUCUUGCAAAGCCCGUUUCACCACUGAUGGCUCGGCCUGUCCGUCUGUCUGUCCCUGUCAUUAUGUGAGAGGUUAAGAAUCUACUGGAUCCGGUUACAGCACAGUUGUUAGUAGCAGAUAAACCCCCACAUAUGCUAAGAAUAGACUUCAUGCACUCACCUUCUGAUAACUUCCAUAGAAACUUUGUAUGCUUUCAUAUCCAGUUAAAACAGGAAAACUUCUAAACAGGAACUUCUCUGGGGUCUGAAGUGUCCCAGCGAGCUCAAGAUGAUGACUUGAAAAACAGUGCUUUAGGUUAAGAUAAUCUUUGUAUCACCUUCAGAAACAACACUUUGAAUGUGAACUUUGAUCGGUUUUUUUUUUAUUUACAGUCUUUGGUUUGAAAAAAAAACCCUCUUUUUUAAAUGUAUGUUGCAAAGCCAAUUGCAUAAAAGCACAGCAGGACAAUAGGUUAGCUCCAGUUCUCGACUAUUCCAUAACAUUAGACUGCAGCUGCACAAACUAGAACUAGCAGCACAAAGUAGAAGCUACUCAAGAAAAAGCUUAAAGACACAUUAAUGUGUUUUCUAUGCGACCAAACAGCCAAGCCUGUAGGUUUUUGUCAGAAUGCUGAUGUACUCUUACAGCUAUUGGAAAGAGUAGGGUGAACAAGAGUGUGAAAUCCCUGAGGGUUUAAAGGGUGAGUUCAACAACAAAUACUCUGCUUUAUAAUACAGGCAUCUUUAAAAUCUUCAACAAGCGGUUCAGAGAGGUGAGAAGUACAUGAACUGGACUGUAAGCAUAUGUGUGCUCUGUUAGUAUAGACUGGUGCUUACACCUCCAGAAAGGGAAGCAUGCAGAUAUGAUACAAAGGCAGGAUCUUCAGAUAUCAUUAGGUUUGUUGCAGGUAUUGCCUGAAAUUCUUGCAGCGUUUUCUCUGUUCAUAUGCUUUAUUUAUUCAAUUUGUUUUGAUUCUUUUGCAUUGAUGUCAUGUAAAAAUGUAAUUGCGAAGUGAACUUAUUAAAACAGUGAAAUAAUUAAAGGAUAUAUAUAUAUUAAUUUAAAUGAUGUCAAAACAGGUAUAUGUAUUUUUUCUUGUAUAUGUUAUGUCCUGUGCCAUUGAGAAUUUAUUCUAAAAUAAAAUGUUGUAUUUUGUGUC